AUGCCAUCUGCAGCUUACUUCCCGGUGCCCUUCUCCUGUCGGACCGACUCGACUUUCGUCGUUCUCUUGAAGAGUCAAAAUGAAACGGCUACAAACAGAGGAGGAAAUCCCACAAUCUUCAACACGCAACUGUACGGAUAUUUCCUUUCCCUUGAGAUGCUGGAUUGCGCCCGCGCUAUCCUCGAUGCGGAGAGUAGCAUCCCCGUCCCGGUGGUGCCGGACGAUCCAACAAUCCACCCCUGGACGAAUCUGGAACUUCAGAUACCAGUCACUCCAAACCCGCCGACAACUUACUGGAUAGUGACCUGCUCUACAAUUGGUUCUGCAUCUUUUGGGAGAUCUUCAGUUCCUCAGACGUUGGCGAAGGAGCCAACAUCCCGUCUCGUCAUGGGCCUCUUAUCCAGGUAUUCUUUUCUCAGAGACGCUGUCCCCAAUUCUUGCCCUCAAGCUGACUCUAAGCCGACAAGACAGGACUCGGAGACCUGGGUCGACAGCAGACCACUGACAAUCAACGCUCUCUUCAACGAUUUCUCGGUCAUCUUGGCGAGCUGGCGAAACGCAAUCACUCACAACACUUGGAAAUGCUCCGAUCCUCUCGACUUUGGACGUAGCAGCUCGUGCUUUGACACUUUUACCACUUACCAGGGUUCUGUGAUCAAAGCGGCAUCACCGUCGGCAUUUCCGACCGAAGCGUUUUCAGCCCCGGCUAGCCUCAACGUAGCGUUCGGUUCCAUCGGCCCUACUCCCCAAGGUAGUAACUUCGGGGUUAGAAGCUGA